AUGACUGAAAUAUGUGGCCAUAGCCCUGCAGAUUCUGUUAGAGAGGAUCAACGACCUCGCCCAAGCGAGCAACACCGUCCUGCAAGUGCCUCUAUUCACCACGAUGACGAGGACCAGCCUCCACGUAUCAAGCCGAAACCCAAGCCGAAACCUCGUCGUACUGCUCGCAAUGAGCGUGAGUAUUCAGUAGGUGAGCUCAUGACUGAGCAGCAGUGGGGUAUGAUUGGGGAGUCCCGGCCAGUAACUGCACCAUCACCUCCACGCCCCUCAUCCCCACUGUCAGAUCUGACUGACAACAACAACUCCACUCCACCACCCCUCGCUCAGCCCUCAAAGCAAAAAGGAAGGAGGAAAACUACUACGGCUCCGGACGCCCCACGUCGAACUUCCGGUCGACGCAAGAAUGGUUACUAG